GAGAAAGAGGCCAACUCUACAGAUUGCACGUGAUAUGCCAGCGUUCUGGACUUCUGGAGGAGCAGAUGGGAACGGUAAAACUAGGUGGUCUUUCACUUCCAUUUCCAAUUCAGCUGCCAUAUCUAGUACCAGGGAAGUGCAACACUUACCUGAACUGCAUUCGAUCAACGACACAAAGUACUCCGGUCAAGUCGGCGUUGUCAGUUGAUGAAAUUCCUCCAAAUGCGAUGAGGCAGGCGAGUGAACCGCGUUGGAGCAGCGCUGGCUUCAGCCUUGGGGUUGACUUGGGAUUAAGUCGAACUGGUCUUGCUAUUAGCAAAGGAUUCGCAUUUCGUCCAUUAAUGGUCUUGGAAUUGAGAGGCCAGAAGCUAGAAGAUCGACUUGUUCAUAUUGCUCAGAAACAGGAGGUUGAUGAGUUCAUAGUUGGGCUUCCCUUAUCCAGUGAUGGGAAGGAGACUCCACAGUCAAAUAAAGUUCGAAGCAUUGCAGGUAGACUAGCAGUUCGAGCGGCUGAGAGGGGAUGGAGAGUAUACCUUCAGGAUGAGUAUGGCACAUCAACUGAGGCUAUGAACCACAUGGUUACUAUGGGCCUCAACAGAUCAACUCGUAAAGGGAAGCUUGAUGCAUAUGCAGCUGUGGUACAUUUUUAGUUCUGUUCUAAAUCUUCCGUGCAAGUUUUGCUGGAUGGUAUGUUGCUCGAGAGAUAUUUCUCAAUGGCAGGUGAUGGAGUGGAACUUGUUGUACCCAAACAAUCUGAACUCCAGAUCAAGCUCAGGAAAGCCUCCUCUAUGAGGACUGAUAUUUUUCAGGAUGGAUUUCAAAGUUGAGAUUUAAUUUCAAGUAUGGGUGCAUAAGUACAUUCAGAUUCAGUGGAACCUUCACAAUUUUGUGUAUAUGGGCGAUCGGGUGAACUAUUAACACCUUAUUAAGUGCGUAGUAUAUUAUACGGAGUAAUUAAUUAAAGUGGGCUAUUAAGUAUUUCUUUUUAAUCACUGAAGUCAAAUUUGACACCAUUAAGUAUCUUGUAAACAUUCUUUAUUAAUUAAUCCAUUGGCUCCAUUCGAAAUUACUGAGUAAUAUAUUGUUCAGUAGUUAUCAUGUGUGUAAAUGUAACUGUAUUUUAGUCCUAUGUGUUUGGGCUAUGUUAGACCCUGAAUUGGGACAUGUAAUUGACUGGUCAUGCUUUGCUAA